AUGUUGUUUUUAAAACUGUCUGAGCCUGCUUCAUUGGAUGUUAUUGAUGUUUUCUUUGAAGAAUACUUUGAGGGUAGGUACACAAGGCAAAGGCACUGUCGGGAAUAUGCUUCGAGUGGCAAUAUCCUUAAGGAUGAUGCAUGUUCAAGACCACCUCCUCCAUCGCCAUCAUUUCCAAGGACCCAAACAUGGCUUGAGAUUUCAGCUUUUGGAGGCCACCGAGGGGGAAGUAGAGUGGCUCCCUACACGCCAACACUUGAGUUAGAUAGUGGCACAGGUACACAGCCUGGUGGAAAGCUGGAGUCAAUAGCGGCUUUGCCUAUUUAUGAGGAUAAAAGCCAUGAAGAACUCAGAUGGGAGGACUAUCAAUUGGGUGAUAAAGGAGGGCCAAGUCCUGCUGGUGCAAUUGGAUUUGGCGCUUCUAGCACACAGUCAAGUCCAUUUGCUUUGUCGUCAACAUUUGGUCAGAUAUCUGUGAAUCCCUUUUCAUCCUCAACAUCUUCCAACCCUUUUGCUCCAAAAACCCCAGCCUUUGGCAGUUCCGGCUUGGAUCCACAUCUACUCCUGCAUUUGGUUCUUCACCCUUUGGGUCAACUUCAUCAGCAACACCCUCCAUAUUUGUACCUCCCAUCUCCUUUUGGAUCAUCAAGCUCAUCUGCGUUUGGAUCAUCAACAUCUGUUUUUGGUUCUUCAUCAGCUCAGGGAACAACUCCAUCAUUUGGUUCUGGCUUAAGUUUUGGCAACACUCAGUCAUCCCCACUGUUCCAGUCAAGUACACCUUCACUGGUACCGGCAACUCCUGCUUUUGGACAGACUACCUUCUCCUUUGGACAGAGUACUCCAGCUUUUGGGCAAUCAAGUGUAUUUAGUACACCUUCUACUGCAUUUUGGGGGAAUUUGUUUUCAAGCACUCCAUCUCUGCUAUCUACAAGCAACCCAUUAGGAUUUGGUCAAACAACCAAUUGGUCUACCAUUCUUGAGUGUUCUAAGUUCAUUCAUCAUUUGUAUCUGAAGCCCUCCAUUUCAACACCCUUUCAAGUGUCUCAACCCUCUCAGAGUACAGGUGCUUUUGGCUUUAGCAACUUUGGUCAGAUGCAAUCAGCUGGUACAAGCGGCCUUGGUGGCAAGCCAAGCAUCUUUGGUCAGAAUACUUUGGGACAAUUGUAUGUUUCAGUGUCAAUAUUUGUUCUAUCAACGAACACUCUUGGUCAUUCGGAAAAGGCUUUGACAUAUGUACGUAGUGCUGAAGAUGUGCUGUCUGCCAGUCAGAGCUCUGCAGUUGUACAACCAGCCCCUGUUACGAAUCCUUUUGGAACUCUACCAGUGAUGCCUCAGAUGUCAAUUGGUCGCACAAGGAUGUCACCUUCAAUUCCAUAUGGAAUUUCUAGUUUGCCUCACUCAGUUUUCACGGACAACUUAGGGAGAUGUUCUUUCUGCAAUGUGCACGUGGUGACUGACAUCAUUUCCAAACAGGUGGUUGACAAACCUGCUCCUGUUACGAUAUCGUCAUUGUUGACUGCUUGGCACCUUUCCCAAAGGCAGAUUAGGUACCUUUUUUUUAGCGAUGAUGAAGAGACACCCAGUGCACAUAAGGCGGAUGCUCUUUACGUUGCCAGGGAGAAUCUAAGCGAUUUGGUAAUUCGCCCCUUGGAACAGUGGCCUUCUAGAGCAAAUCCAGACAAAACAUCACCUCCAAAGGAUACAUCCACUCCACCUCAUGGGAAUGGUAACUGUGUUCUUCUAUUUUUGUACCUGGUAAAAGGUCUGAAGCAGCUUCUACCCCUAAUUUGUAUGGAUCAAGUGCGGAGGAUAAAGAUAGUAAGUCUUGCUCUUAACGAGAAAUUUGCUGUUAUCAGUGUUCUCCUUAGCCUGUCUAGAUGGUCAGUUGAAAAUGGCCUUGUCAAAGAAGGACUUCAUCCUGUUAAUCCAAAGCCAAAACCUAUUGGACAACAUGAUGACAAUUCUAUCCGGAAAGUGGAUUCGUACAUUACUCUUACUGACCACCGUGCUGGUGAGGUGGCAAUUGUUUAUGAGCAUGGGGCUGACAUUGAGGCACUGAUGCCCAAAACUCGCCACUAUGACUAUUAUACCGAACCUAGAAUCCAAGAACUGGUGGCGAAGGAAAGGGCACCGAACAAGGGUUUGCCGUCAUGUGAAGGAUUUUGUGGUUGGACGGCACGGUUGUGGUAG